AUGAAGACUCUCGGGAUUAUCGCCCUCGCGGCGGCCGCGGUCACGGCGACCAAGCCUGUCGUCAAGACGGGCCUCGACGUGCUCAUCGACUCCAACUACAAGCAGCUGUCCGGACGCAAGGUGCUCAUCCUCAGCAACCCCACGGGCGUUACGCCCGAGCUCGACCUCGGCGUGGACGUCAUGUUUGAGUCCAAGAAGGUCGACAUUGCCGGCGUCAUGGGCCCGGAGCACGGCUUCCGAGGCACGUCCCAGAACGGCGGCGGCGAGGCCACGUUCAAGGACCCCAAGACGGGCCUCACCGUGUACGACGCGUACAACGUGAAUGUCUCCACGCUCGUGGGAUAUAUCCACGAGUCUGGGGCGGACACGAUUGUGUACGACAUCCAGGAUGUGGGCGCGCGUUUCUACACCUACAUCUGGGCCAUGUACGACACCAUGGUUGCCGCGGCGUCGACGAACACCAGUUUCGUUGUCAUCGACCGCCCGAACCCCAUCACGGGUCUCGAUGCUCACGGCCCCGUUCUCAACGACAGCUUCAUCACGUCGUACGUAGGACGACGACCCAUCGCGCAGGCUCACGGCAUGACCGUUGGUGAGCUUGCCCGCAUGUUCGUGGGCGAGGGUUGGAUCAAGCAGGCGGCCAACGGAUCGGACCUCAAGGACCUCUCUGUCGUGAAGAUGCGCGGAUGGAAGCGCGGCAUGACCUUUGCUGAGACGGGCCUCCCGUGGGUGUUCCCGUCACCCAAUAUGCCGACGCCCGACACGGCGAUGCUGUACCCGGGAACAUGCAUGUUCGAGGGCACGAGCUUGUCCGAGGGCCGCGGCACCACCCGGCCGUUUGAGCUCCUGGGCGCGCCCUGGGCCAACGAGUCGUGGGUCACGGAGAUGCGCUCUCUCAAGGUCCCGCACACGGACUACCGCUUCCAGUGCUUCGUCCCGACAACGAGCAAGUACGACACCCAGACGGCGUGCGGGCUGCAAACGUACAUGACGGACCUGCGCAACGACCGCGACUACGCCGAGUUCGACGCGCCGUUCAUCGGCGUAAACCUGCUGUACGCGGCCAGGAAGCUGUUCACGGUCAGCAACACCACGGGCGAUGCGCCGACGACGGGAGCGUUCCACUGGAUCUUCAGCGGCAGCUCCAAGACUCUCUACGACAUUGACGUCUUGACCGGGUCGCCGCUGGUGAGGGAGGGUCUCGAGAAGGGGUGGACGCCGGAUCAGGUCCGCAAGGCUUGGACGCCCAGACUCGAGCAGUUCCGGGAGAAGCGCAAGAAGUACCUGCUGUAUUAG